ACAGAACACAGACAGACAGACAGCUGGAGCCUCACCUGAGCCUCACCUGAGCUUCACCCGAGCUUCACCUGAGCCUCACCUGAGCUUCACCCGAGCCUCACCUGAGCUUCACCCGAGCCCGCGACGGGCUGCACGCACAAGAGGAGGAGAGGGAAGGAGGUGAGGGAAGAUGAGGAGGAGAGGGGAGCAGCGGGAGGACAGCGCCACGCUUAUUGCCAUGGAAACCGGUCCAGAGAAAUGCUACGGCAGCAUCACCAUGAAUGCACCUGUUCAGCAUCCGGACAGGAACAUCUUCAGUGACGGAACGACUCGAGUUGAUUUCGUGUUGGUGUGGGAGGAGCCUCUGAGCGCACAGGAGGAGGGCGCAGGUGUCAGCCCCGCCCACAGGAAGUGGAGGGCUUCGUUCCUGAGGAAGCUGAGGCACUCGGGACUGCUGCAGGAGCAGAAGGAGGUCCUCAGGGAGAAGGAGAAGAUCUGUUUUGUCCUCCUCAGUGCUCCGUGGAGCGUCCUCUGUUACUACGCUGAGGAGAUCAGUCUCAGAGUCCCUCUGCAGGUGGUUACUGCUCCAAUCACCAACUGGUCUGCACAGGUCCUGUCCCGGCUGUCCCUCCCUAACCCUCUGUCUCAGGACGUCCCCAACCCCCCUCCUGACUACUACACCUGCCAGUUCAGGACUAACAAGCUGCAGAGGUUUUUGGGCAGCGAUGACCGAGAGACGUUCUUCAAGACGACUCAGAGACACCAGGUGCUGUACGAGAUCCUGGCCAGGACGCCGUACGGGUCGGUGAAAAAGGGGGAGGUGGGAAUUGACCGCCUGCUGGCCGAACACGUGUUCACUGCUGCCUACCCGCUGCACGAGGGUGGUUUUGAGCUGCCGACCCCCCCGAUGACCCCCCAGUCUUUAGGCCUGAGACAGAUCCUGUACUCGUACUGGGCCUCUUGGUCCUCCUGGAGACGCUACCAACCUCUGGAUCACAUCAGGGAAUACUUCGGAGAAAAGAUAGCGCUUUACUUUGCUUGGCUCGGUUUCUACACCGGCUGGCUGAUGCCGGCGUCGCUCGUUGGGACCGUGAUCUUCCUGAUCGGCUUCUGGCUCAUGGCCACGGACGUUCCAGCGAAGGAGCUGUGUGAGAGUGGCGACAGCUUUGUCAUGUGUCCUCUCUGUAACAUCUGCUCCCACUGGAACUACUCCAGCAUCUGCGUCACCUUUAAGGCCGGCAUCAUGUUCGAUAACGGAGGGACGGUCUUUCUCAGCGUCUUCAUGUCUCUGUGGGCCGUCACCUUCUUGGAGUACUGGAAGAGGACCUGCUCGGCUCUGGCUCACCGCUGGGACUGCUCCGAGUUCCAGGACAUCGAGGAGAGACCUCGUCCCGAAUUCACCGCCUUGGCGCCGAUGACCAUGAAGAACCCAGUGACCGGAGCCGAGGAGCCGUACUUCCCUGAAAGCAAACGCCUCAACAGGACUCUGACCGGCUGCAUGGUCAUCAUCAUUAUGGUCGCCGUGGUGCUGAUGUUCCUCAUCGCCAUCAUCCUGUACAGGACCAUCCUCCGCAUCAUCAUCUACAAGUCCAACAGCUUCCUCACCUUCUCUGCUGGGAGAGUAGCCAGUAUCUCGGGCUCAGUGUUGAACCUGCUCGUCAUCCUCAUGUUGUCCAAAGUUUACACGUCUCUGGCGCAUGUCCUCACCCAGUGGGAAACCUGA